AGUGGGAGCUGCAUGCUGAUAGAGAGAGAGAAGGAGAGAGCAGAGACCAUCAGCAAGUCUGUCUACAUUUAUCGCCUCUUGGAUCUCCUUUAGCACAGCUGUCGGGCUGCUGCCGACUGCGAGGGGAUUCUCUCGCUCAGAGACUGUGUGAGGGAGCGCCUGAGUGCACCAGAGUUUCCAAGUGGCUACGCACAAGUCAAUGUUCAACUGCUGUGGUUAUGGUGCUGCCACACAUGGGUGAAGAUUUGACCAGCUUCGCUCUGGAUUUGACUCAACACCCAUGAUCCCCAGCCAUCUCUGGCAUACCCUCUCAUUAAGGUGUGACAUGUCAGUCACAAAACCCCUUACGGUAGAGUUUGAUACAAAUAUCAAACCACACAGCCAGCAUAGCAUGCUGGACUGUGGGGAGAGGCGGUUGGAGAGCGGAUGGAAGAAGAGCCAGAACAAAAGCAAGAACGACCAAAAAUAAAGAACCUACACUGCAACACUGGUGUCAGCGUGGUAUCUCAGGGCCAAGACGAACUCUCGAUGGGAAAUGCCUCCGAAACAUUUCUGUUUGUGUCCAAAUUAUCGAAAGACAAUGACUUCCUCAUGGGAACUCUCUACGCCAUUUGUGGUGUGCUGUCGGUGCUGGGCAAUGGGAUCCUGCUGUUCGUAGCCUAUAGAAAGAAGUCCUCCCUGAAGCCAGCAGAGUUCUUUGUGGUUAACCUUGCCAUCAGUGACCUGGGCAUGACCAUAACCCUGUUCCCAUUCGCUAUCCCCUCAGCCUUCACUCACAUGUGGCUGUUUAAUAAGACAACCUGUACUUUCUAUGCCUUCUGUGGCGUUUUGUUUGGCCUGUGCAGUCUUUCCAACCUCACGGUGCUCUCCUGUGUCUGCUGGCUCAAGGUCUGCUGCCCAAACUAUGGUAACAAGUUCUCCUACUGCCACGCCUGCAUGCUGGUUGCUGGGGUCUGGUGCUACGCUGGAGUUUUUGCUGUAGGUCCCCUGUCAGGCUGGGGAAAGUACGGGGCAGAGCCUUACGGUACAGCGUGCUGCAUCAACUGGCAUGCUCCCAGCGUAAGCUCUGCAGCUAUGAGCUACAUCAUCUGCCUAUUCUUAUUCUGCUACAUUGUGCCCUGCACUGUCAUUUUUCUGUCCUACACAUUUAUCCUGCUGACCGUCCAGAGCUCCCGCCAGGCUGUGCAGCAGCAUGUGUCCCCACAGAACAAGAUCGCCAAUGCACAUGGACUUAUCGUUAAGCUUUCUGUGGCAGUUUGUAUCGGUUUCCUGACAGCAUGGAGUCCAUAUGCCAUUGUGUCCAUGUGGGCAGCAUUUGGUAACCCAGAAGCUGUACCUCCCAUGGCUUUUGCUAUGGCAGCUAUCUUUGCCAAGUCCUCCACCAUUUACAACCCUAUUGUCUAUCUGGUCUUCAAGCCCAACUUCCGCAAGUCCCUGUGUCGGGAUGUGGCCCAGUGCAGAAGGACACUCUGUGGAUGUCUGUGUCAGCACAGCUCCGCACAGAAGAGAAUUUGCAGGCAAUCCCAUCACAAAGAAGAGUGCAACUCCACAAGGUUAUCAAAUGGGCUACCGGAGAACCACAGGACCUGCAGACACUGUCCUCACCCUGAAACAGUCACUGGUACCAGACAAAGCUUUACAGACUACAGCCCUCGUCAGACUGCCAGGAUACUUCAAGGAUCACAUCAUAGUGAGGUGGCUGUCAGUCAGCUCUCCAAUGAGUUGCAGAGCGACUUCCUCUAGAGACACAAAAACAGCCACACAGUGAGAAGGUGAAGAAAAAAACAGACGAGAAAAAGACAGCAAGAAUGAAGGUUGAAAGACACUAAUUGCAAGUUGGGGAAAAGGGGAAACAUAAUUAAAAACAAAAAGAUAAAGAUUGAUUGAAGGACAAAAAUGUAUAACUCUGAAGGUCAAGAAUUUGGCUCAUGCCUCAAAUAUGUGAUACUGCCAAAAAACACAUGACCACAAAAUUAGAAGCCAAUACAGGAGGAUAAGCAAGACAAACAGCCAACAUGCAACCACAGAUGUGUACAGCAAUAUUUCAUCAGGUUAAAUUAACACAUUAACAACUAGCAACUAUAACUUUGACUGAUGAACAAUAAUAAUAAACAAGACUGAGAAUCGAUGGAGUCACGAUGCAAAUCAUUUCAAGCUGGAUUUAGAGGGAGGAGCUGAUAUUGAAAUGUUCUACUCCCUAAUCUACCUUUUAUGUAUUUAUUAAGAGUACUUGAUGAUGUAUUUGAUUUGAUAGGUAUUUAUUAAUGCAUGCCUAAAACUGAAGGACCACAGGGUGGCUUGUUUUUAUCUAACAAGAAAAUAGUUUUCUCUCCUCAUUGCUGAGAAUACAUGAAAGCCCCAAUUAAUUUAACUACAAUGUGUGAGCUUCUACAUUUGUCUAGUUUAACUUGGCCUACUAGGUUAUGUUAUGUUAUGUUAUGUUAUAUAUCUUACAAUUUCCCCAUGGGCUGUCGUAUUGAUGAUAUAUACAUAUAUACAUAUACAUACAGUGCAUCUGGAAAGUAUUCACAGCGCUUCACUUUGUCCACAUUUUGUUAUGUUACAGCCUUAUUCCAGAAUGAAUUAAAUUCAUUAUUUUCCUCAAA